GAACCGCGUUCAGUCUGCAGCCAAUAGGAGCACACACACACACACACACACACACACACACACACACACACACACACACACACACACACACACACACACACACACACACACACACACACACACACACACACACACACACACACACACACACACACACACUAUAUAUGAUCACGUGCACUGCGACAGAUACUUCUGGUUAAUUAAAAUAUAAGUUAUAAUAAGUUCGGCCAAAUUGAUUUCCCUAUAUGAAAUAAGAUAGGAAAUAACGUAGCCUAUUUUCACAUCAGACUGUAUUUAGUUGUUAUCAAUGCAACUACUCUAAGAUGCAACUCAAUUGUUUAAUCAUAGGCCCUAUUUAAAUUACUUUUCAGAAACUGCCAAACAGUUAACUGGCAAACAGUUAAAUAAACUGUUGAACGUCGUGAGGAGACGUCAUAUAGUCAUCCAACCAACGGAGAGUUUUACAUGUGGAAGACAUCCAACAAGCGAAAAGUUACAUGUGGUGGGUUGAGUUCUGUGGGUUUGCUGACCUCUUGUGGACAAACAGAGAAACGCAGCAUGACGAGUGGGCGGGUUUUGACUUGAGUGAAGGGCGCAGCAGUCAGUAAUACAAAUUCAACAACUCAGUAGUAGCCAAUCACUUCGAGGUAUAGACCAUUCGAUGGCCAAGAUUAGAUAACAAAGCCGUUUCUUAAAGUUUUAACCGUCAAAUGUUAGAAAUAUUGAUCAAGGAGGAAAAUGACGGUUUAACCAUGGUAAUUAAUAAUGGAUUACUGUUAUGUUUCUACAUUUGUUAAUUUAAAUAUAAUAAACCCUUCGCCUGGCUCACCUGAAGACAUAUGAUGGACCGUUAAAGAGUAAAAGGUCUCAAUAUGUUUACGACACCAACGGUUUAUUAUCCAUCAGAAACGGCCCCGCCCACCUGUCCGCAGGUGACCCCGCCCACCUCUCUGCAGGUGACGCUCUGUUUCCUGGUUUCCCGCGUGGCUCCGUCUGAAGUGGGACUUCUGUGAGUGACAGAUGUGGCUGCUCCCGCUCUCCGUCCCCCUGCUGGGCCUGCUGGCCCUGCUGGCCCGUCAGCGGGGGAUCCUGGCCGCGGGGCGGGGGGCUCUGAACCGGGUGCUGCGGUGGGCGCGGGGGCCGGCGUGCCCCAGGAGGACCCACGCCUUCGUGUUCUCCCAGUGCACCCAUGGCCGGGCAGACAGCGUCCUGGAGACCUUUGACCUCUACGCCGAGACACACCACACCCUGGAGCUGGGGAGGGUCAGAGGGGUGGAGCUGGACGAGGUGGUGGUGCGCGCGGCCCCGCGGCGCGUGCUGGAGCUAGGCCUGGGCUGCGGCUACAGCGCGGUGCGGACCCUGAGGCUGCUGCCCCCUGGUGGGCGGCUGCUGGCGGUGGAGGCGGACCCCCUCAGCGCCGAGCUGGGGGAGGAGCUAGUGCUGGUGGCUGGGUUCAAACACCACCAGUUCGAGGUACUGACCUGCAGCUCAGCCGAGGCCAUCGCUGGGCUGAGGCGGCCUCUCCAUGGCGACCAGGGGGAGGAGGAGGGGGGUCUGGACCUGGUCCUGAUGGACCACGACCCCCAGCACUACCUCCCUGACCUGCGGGCCCUGGAGGGGUGGGGGCUGCUCCGCCCCGGGGGGUGCCUGGUCCUGAUGGUGUUCCGGGGUCAUAACUCCGUCGUCCGGCAAGAGGUCCUGGAACACGUGGAGUCGCGACCCCAGAGCUACUCCUCCUCCGUCAGGUCCGGCUGCGGGGGGAUGAUGGAGGUCCAAUACCGGGAGGAGACCAUAAGCCUGAUGUCAUCGGGUGAUGUCAUCAGGUGAUGUCAUCGGGUGAUGCCAUCGGGUGAUGCCAUCGGGUGACGUCAUCAUGUGAUGUCAUCCUGUGAUGUCAUCUGGUGUUACGGAUUACCUCACUCACCGACUACGGUUAACAUGCUGUCAACAUGUCGCAUUCUGUGUUCUAUGUUUGCUUACAAAUUUCUGUUUAUUUGGUGAAAUGUUUAUUAGAAUUGGUUCAUAAAAUAAUAUACAGCUUC